CGGAUGUGCACUUACGAUCAUACUGUGAACACUACUUCAACACCAAUGUUGACUUUAAUCACUGACGUGAGGGAGAUUCUGCAUCAAGUGUGGAGAUGACGGAUAUUACGGAGAUGGUCCCGGCUGUGGCGGACCCCGCAUUCAGCCUCCAGGCGAGGGUGUUGUGUCUCAAUUCAACUCGCGUCCCAGCUUGCUCUGUAUAUCUUACCUCAAAGUCAACCAGAUGAUGGCAGGGCCAAUUCGUGUAGCCGCCUGCCACGCAGCGCCUGUCUUCUUAUCCGCCAAAGCCACCACACAGAAAGCCAUUUCAUUCAUCAAGAACGCAUCAAAGAACAAAGCAAACCUCGUAAUAUUCCCCGAAACAUACAUCCCAGCAUUCCCAGUAUGGAGCGCUUUACGAGCACCAACGCACAACCACGAUCUCUUCAAGCGAAUGGCCUCACAAUCCAUCUACGCGGACGGUGACGAGAUUCAAGCCCUCCAAGCCGCCGCCCAAGAAACAAAAACCUACCUCAGCAUCGGCAUCUCGGAGAAAACCCGCUUCAGCUCAGGCACACUAUUUAACUCUAACAUCAUGAUCGGCCCCGACGGCCGAGUCCUCAAUCUGCACCGCAAACUUAUGCCCACCUUCUUUGAGAAGCUGACCUGGGCACCCGGCGAUGGCCAUGGUCUCAGCGCCAUCUCAACGCCAUUUGGCAACAUCGGAGCCCUGAUUUGUGGCGAGAACACCAACCCCCUGGCGCGAUACAGUCUGAUCGCGCAAGCAGAGGCGCUGCACAUCUCGACAUGGCCAGCAGCCUGGCCGACGCGCGUCUCCAAUGCAGGAUCUACCCCGGACCCGGGCGCGAACUAUGACAAUGUAGCUGCUAAUCGCAUUAGAGCUGCUGCGCACUGCUUCGAGGCCAAGGCGUUUGGUGUGCUGUGUAGUGGGCAUCUGGAUGAGUCUGCCAUCCAAAUCAUCGUCGCGGGAACUGAGAACGCGGAACAUAUCACGCAUGUGCUCAGGACAAGUCAGCGCGGAGUGACGAUGUAUCUGGAUCCCACGGGUGCGCCGAUACCGGGAUUUACUGUUGAUAGUGAGACAGGAGAAAAGAGGGAGGCCGAUUUUUUGCAAAAGGAGGAGGGGAUUUUGUAUGCGGAUUUGAAUCUGGCGGAUUGCGUGGAGGGGAAACAGUAUCAUGAUGUUGUGGGAGGUUAUCAGAGGCAUGAUGUUUUUCAGUUGACGGUCAAUAGGGAGAGACAAGUGCCGAUACGUUUCCUUGAUCCUCCUCCGGCGCCUGUCGAGCGACAAAAUCACAGUGUUGAGGAUAUCUCAUCAUCGCGUUGUUAACUCCCAAAAGCUCCGACGGGUGGAAAGUAUUGUGUCCGUCGUUAGGUGUUCUUAGUCGCUCUUGUGCUACUCUUGUGUUGUCGUUGAAAUGCUAGAGUUGGGUGGCUAUCCGAAUUUGAUUGUUCUUUUCUGGUUGCUGGAAAUGGCGACGAUGAGUAUCUGACUAAAUAUAGUACAUAUAUAGGAGGAGAGUGCAUGCACAUGGAUAUCGAUCAUAGGUCGAAAUGUGAGGCCGGGCCGUCCCUACUCGACAUCAUUCGCCCCUUGAAAGACAGCUACACCAA